AAGUAACACACGAUGCACAAUAUAAUUAAUACAGCACUCUCCGUUCAGCCCAUCAGAUCCUUUCACUGAAACCCUAAUAUCGCAAAAGGCGGCGGCUCAGCUCCUCGUUCCUCCUUUGUCGAUAGCCACCAGCCAUGGCGCUCACCAUGACAAUGAUGGACAUACGGGACUUUGCUUCGCGUUUGGAUGUUGACGUUGCAUCUAUUGAUCUCGAUUCAAUUCGUCUCCCUCCAGGCGAAGAUUUUGGCAUAAUUAGCGAUGACGAGGAUUUGAAGGAGGGGGAGCCACUGGAGUUCGAGGAGGGUUUUGGAAAUGCAAUUGUGGUAGACAAUUUGCCAACGGUGACAAAAGAGAAGUUCGAGAAACUGGAAGGAGUUGUCCGGAAGAUUUACUGUCAAAUCGGGGUAAUCAAGGAGAAUGGUCUCUGGAUGCCUGUGGAACCCGACACUGGGAAAACGCUAGGCUAUUGCUUCAUUGAAUACAACACCCCUCAGGAAGCUGAAUUGGCUAAAGAAAAGACCCAUGGGUACAAACUGGAUCGAGCCCACAUUUUUGCUGUUAAUAUGUUUGAUGAUAUUGAUAAGUUCAUGAAAGUCCCAGAGGAGUGGGCACCUCCAGAAACCAAGCCUUACGCUCCAGGGGAAAAUCUGCAAAAGUGGCUCACUGAUGAAAAAGCGAGAGAUCAGCUUGUGAUUCUUGCAGGUUCAGACACUGAGGUUAUGUGGAAUGAUGCAAGGCACGCCAAGCCCGAGCUUGUUUAUAAAAGACCUUCCUGGACAGAGAGUUUUGUUCAGUGGUCACCAUUAGGAACCUAUUUAGCUACAGUGCAUAGGCAGGGUGCUGCAGUCUGGGGUGGAGCGACCACAUUCAACCACCUGAUGCGAUGUGCUCAUCCACAGGUGAAAUUGAUUGAUUUCUCCCCUGGAGAGAGAUAUUUGGUGACUUACAGCAGCCAUGCGCCAAGCAAUCCUCGUGAUACUCAUAGGGUUGUGAUCAACAUUUUUGAUGUGAGAACUGGAAAAGUUAUGAGAGAUUUCAAGGGAAGUGCUGAUGACUUUGCUAUUGGAGGAACUGGUGGUGUUAGUAGGGUGUCUUGGCCUGUUUUCAGGUGGGGAAGUGGUAGAGAAGAUAAGUACUUUGCUCGAAUAGGGAAAAAUCUUGUUUCUGUUUAUGAAACUGAAUCAUUUACCCUUAUUGAUAAGAAGUCCAUCAAGGUUGAAAACGUUGUGGACUUCAGUUGGUCGCCCACUGAUCCCAUUCUAGCGCUGUAUGUUCCUGAACUCGGUGGAGGAAAUCAACCUGCUAGGGUGAGUCUUGUGCAAAUACCGUGCAAAGCAGAGUUGAGACAAAAGAAUCUCUUCAGUGUUAGCGAUUGUAAGAUGUAUUGGCAAAGCAAUGGGGAUUACCUGGCUGUUAAAAUAGAUCGUUAUACAAAAACCAAGAAGAGCACUUAUACUGGCUUUGAGCUUUUCAGAAUCAAAGAACCGGACAUACCUAUUGAGGUUCUGGAACUUGAAAAUAAGAAUGAUAAGAUCAUUGCAUUCGCCUGGGAGCCCAAAGGUCACAGAUUUGCAGUGAUCCAUGGUGAUAACCCCAAGCCUGAUGUGAGCUUCUACUCAAUGUGCAGUGGAACUCAUACUGGUCGUGUUUCAAAGCUCGCUACUCUCAAGGGAAAGCAGGCAAAUGCUCUUUUCUGGUCACCAGGUGGCUGCUUUAUUAUACUGGCUGGGUUAAAAGGUUUUAAUGGGCAGUUAGAAUUCUAUAAUGUUGAUGAGCUUGAGACCAUGGCACAAACCGAGCAUUUCAUGGCGACAGAUGUUGAGUGGGAUCCAACAGGAAGGUAUGUUGUGACUGCUGUUACGUCUGUCCAUGAAAUGGAAAAUGGAUUCUGUGUCUGGUCAUUCAAUGGAAAACAGCUAUACAGGAUACUCAAGGAUCAUUUCUUCCAAUUCUUGUGGCGGCCAAGGCCCCCAUCUUUCUUGACCCCCGAGAAAGAAGAAGAGAUUGCCAAAAACCUCAAGAAAUACAGCAAGAAAUACGAGGCAGAGGAUCAGGAUGUAUCUCUGCAGCUAAGUGAGCAGGAGCGCGAGAAGAGGAGAAUGCUGAAGGAAGAGUGGGAUAGGUUGCUGAGCGAAUGGAAACGGCUGCACGAAGAAGAGAAACUGGAGAGGCAGAAGCUGCGCGACGGAGAAGCCAGCGACGACGAAGAAGAAGAGUAUGAGGCUAAAGAAGUGGAAAUAGAGGAAGUAUUGGAUGUCUCUGAAGAGGUAAUUUCCUUCAACUGAUGAUUUCUGUCUGUCUGUAUGAUGCUUUAAACUUAAAAGGAAGAUUAGUUUUGUCUAAUUGUAUUGUAUUUGUACUACCUGAUCAUCAUAUUUUGUACUUUUAGUAUGAUAUGAUAUGAUAUGCUUCCCAGUUUUGGGCUGAAUUGGGCAGUUUGCCACUUUUCAUUACAA